AUGCACUUGCUGGGCUUCCUCUCUCUGGCGUGUUCCCUGCUCGCCGCUGCGCUGCUCCCGAGUGCGCGCGAGGCGCCCGCCGCCGCAGCCUUCGAGUCCGGACUCGGCUUCUCCGACGCGGAGCCCGACGCGGGCGAGGCCAAGGCUUAUGCAAGCAAAGAUCUGGAGGAACAAUUGCGGUCUGUGUCCAGUGUAGAUGAACUCAUGACUGUCCUCUACCCAGAAUAUUGGAAAAUGUACAAGUGUCAGUUAAGGAAAGGAGGCUGGCAACAUAAUAAAGAACAGUCCAACCCCAACUCAAGGACGGAAGAGACGAUAAAAUUUGCUGCGGCACAUUAUAACGCAGAGAUCUUGAAAAGUAUUGAUAAUGAGUGGAGAAAGACUCAAUGCAUGCCACGGGAGGUGUGUAUAGAUGUGGGGAAGGAGUUUGGAGCAGCAACAAACACCUUCUUUAAACCUCCAUGUGUGUCCGUCUACAGAUGUGGGGGCUGCUGCAACAGCGAGGGGCUACAGUGCAUGAACACCAGCACAAGCUACCUCAGCAAGACGGUAGGUAUUUCAGAUUCCAGCUACACCCGAGGGCCCUCCCCAUCAGAACCUUUAGCUGGGAAUGAUGUGUUCAAAAUUCUGGGUGCCUCAAAGUGUCAGGCAGCCAACAAGACUUGCCCCACAAAUUACAUGUGGAACAACCACAUCUGCAGAUGCCUGGCUCAGCAGGACUUUAUUUUUUCCCUGAAUGCUGAAGACGACGCGACAGAAGGAUUCUACGACAUCUGUGGGCCAAGCAAGGAGCUGGAUGAAGAGACCUGUCAGUGUGUCUGCAAAGGGGGGCUUCAGCCUUCCAGCUGUGGACCCCACAAAGAACUAGACAGAAACUCAUGCCAGUGUGUCUGUAAAAACAAACUUUUCCCCAGUUCUUGCGGGGCCAACAGAGAAUUUGAUGAAAACACAUGCCAGUGUGUAUGUAAAAGAACCUGCCCGAGACAUCAGCCCCUAAAUCCUGCAAAAUGUGCCUGUGAAUGUACAGAAAAUCCACAGAAAUGCUUGUUAAAAGGAAAGAAGUUCCAACAUCAAACAUGCAGUUGUUACAGACGACCGUGUACAAAUCGACUGAAGCCUUGUGAGCUGGGACUUUCGUUUAGUGAAGAAGUGUGUCGCUGUGUCCCUUCAUAUUGGAAAAGACCACAUAUGAACUAGAUUGUACAAUUUUCCAGUUCGUCAUUUUUCUAUUGUGGAAAACUGUGCUGCCGCAUUAGAACUGUCUAUGAACAGAGAGACCCUUGUGGGACAUGGUAACAAAGACAAAAGUCUGUGUUUC